AUUAUUUUCGUUGAAAGAAUGUAUAGUAAAUUAUUUAAAUUUCAUAAUUUGGCUGGUAGCACUACUCAGGUAUUUGGGCCAUUUCCAAUACGAACUGAAAUACCAGGGAAGAUGGUCUGAUACGUUGUCAUAUCAUUAUGCCUCUUAGUAAUCGGAUGAGUUAGUUAAGUAUUAUGAGUGUCAUCUACAAAUGAAGCAACUUUCUGGAUUCCUUAUUACCAAGCAAUCAAAUCAGAUAAAUCGAAAAGCGAAAACCGGUUUACGGACAGUAAUUGUUAUGACGGGAAGUAUGCCAUUAAAUGCACGAAAACUUGGAGUAAAAGCAAAUAGAACGGAAGUUUCCAAAACAUCUACGGAUACUUAUAAACAUUGCAAUUGUUUCUGUGAUAAUCCAAAACAUCUAACGUUGCCGUUAAAUCCACUAAUAUUGCAAAAAAGUAAGAGAGAUACGCUACACGAUAAAUGGCAGCGAUCAAUUCAGCGGCACUUUGGGACUAUCAGCUCAUAUGUGACACACAAUUUUCUUUGUUAUCUAAGAAAAACCACAAAAAAAAGUAUCAGUACUGCCGAAUGGACACAACAUGAAGAAAGUAGCACUAAUAACCCUGAAGUACUGCACAACUAUCAAAUUUUCAAACUCUCGACAGAGUCAACUAAAGCAUGUAAUAAAAACGCAAAAUCGAAUCGUUUUGACGAAAACAGUAGCUACAAUAGGUUUCACAGAUUUGAGACUUCAGUACAAAAUGAUAGUAUCGAUGCAAAUAACCACAUUUAUGCCAGCGAAUUGUCUUCAGGUGAUUUUCACUUAAUUUUAUAUGUUUCGUCUAUUUUGGGUAAAGCUACAUGCAGCAGCAAUGAAUCUGCCAUCAUUAGCAGUGUAAAGUCAAAAAAAAAACGCAGGCUCACCUCCCAAAUGCACAUAAAUUCGAUUCAGUAUAUAAUCUUAAUAUUGCUAUUGUCACUGUCACAAGUUCGUUGGACCAACUCUUUACUCCUUUUUGAACCAAAAUAUCAUAGAAUUGCUGAUGGUGACUUCGUUUCUGUUGGUAUCAAUAAUAAAUCACAUAUAAAUGCUAACAUUGCGGGUGGUAAUAAUAAUUCGAUUGGGACGAAAGCAUUGUCUGGGAUGAUAGAUGAUGGUGGCGAUGAUUCAGGGGUUAAUGGGGGAGCGUCAUCCGUUGCCAAUGGUUACAUGGAUAAGAUGUACAAUUUAGAACGAAGUGUUGCAGCUGUUCUUAUAAAAGUUGCGUAUGGAACAACGUCAACAACUAAGCGUAGUAUUCCAGACAGUAGUCACGUUCCAAGUUUAACAACUAUUGCCACUCCACUCUUGACAACUCUACGGUAUGCCGAAAAGUCCUCGCACCAGCAACAAAUAAACCUUCACCAUCGAAACUACGAAUUAGAUUUGGAACGUGACCAUGCCUUGCCUACGUCGGCGCCGAACGCCGAUAUAUUAAAAAGUAAUAGUAACCCAACGUAUCCGAAUCCGAACAGGCAUCACAAUCAUGAACGACAUUGGCAUAUAAUGAAUUCCACGCCUUUACCUUCAUUACCGAAUAUCCUGAAGAAAAAUAAUGGUCAAUUGCCCACAAUAUCCAUGUACCCCGGUGACAUUCCUUCAUAUUCGCCACCAGCCCGUUCAUUUUUUACACCACCUUUACCGCCAGAAUAUCAGAAUCCAUUUGCGGAUAAACCAACAUUACGCGGCACAAAUAAUGAGGGCGUUCUUUCUAACACAGGUACUUACAUAAACAGGCGCCCAAUACCACCCCCGAGUUUGAUGCCUGGCCAUGAACGCAUUCCGUUUCGUCCACCAGAUUUAGCUGCAUCAACUGGCGGUAGCUCCGAUGAUGGAUUAAUCCCCGUUGUGUCCACUGCUGAUAGUGGUGGCGCUACCAACAUACCUUUUGUUCCAAUUACGGAACCAGAUCGUAAAAAAGCUCUGAACACUCCUUCGCAAAGCAGCGGCGGUUAUGGUACACCGAAUGCCGGCACUUCUAAUGUUGGUAAUAGUAAAAAUGUUUAUGACUCUGGUUCAGAAGAGGUUCCAUUGCAAAUUGGCAAAUCGCCGCAACAACACCGCACAAAACAGGAAGUUUUGCCAAGCAUAAUUCGAAUUUUAAGUGGCUCCAAUGGUAAUAAAGGUGAAAUACCAGAGGUACUCCUAAAACAGGCCACUACUCAUCCGUUUCAUGAUCACAGUCAACCGCCAUCGUCACCAGUAAUGCUUUUAGAUGGGGGUAAUACGGCCCAACAAGUUGAAAGUAGUGAAGAUAGCGAAAUGUCAGCUGGCUCAAACAUAAACCAAAGCAAAACCAGUCCCGCUGAGAGAAGCGGUUCGGAAUUAUAUGAUGCGAAAAGGAUUGAAACAGUUCAAAAUAAAUCUUCGGGGAAGCCGAACGCCUACGGUAACAACUCAUAUGGUGGAAUAAAUGGCAGUAGAAUGAGCACUCAAGUUAGCAGCUCUACUCCGGCAACAGGAACUGCAACAGACGAGGAACUGGGAACGGCUGCAGGAGCUUCUUCUGUCAUCUCAACGUCAUCAACAGUGAGAAGCGCGACUAUAGCUAAGAGUACUACUUUGUCAGCAACAGUUGCCAGCGGAAAUAUCGGCAGUGGUUCUAGAUCCUCGAUAUCGUCUUCAACAGCUGCUGCCGCAUCCUCACAGUCUACCUGGGCUGUUGCAUGGAACAUUCAUGUUUACUUUUCGGUUGUAUUGUUCACAAUUUUGGCAGUUUACUCCUUAUAUAAAGUGCUCACUUAUAAUAAGUUGACACAUCUUUUUUCACAAUCAUAUUUCUUGUGCAUUCAUCUAGUUUUGAUUGUGACAUGUUCAACACGAAUUUUUUAUUUGUGUUAUGAUGCCUACAAUAUUCAUGCUACAUUCAAUUUGUUCGUUUCUGAGAUAUUACUUAACCUACCGGCAACGUUAUUGACCAUUUCUUUUUCAAUACUCAUAUUAUAUCUAUUUGUGAAAUCAUUGAACCAUAAAAACAAUCGAUACUCGGCACUCAUACGCCCCCUAACCGUUGUGGUGGGCUGUAGUGUGCACGUGGUGCUCUGCAUUACACUGCAUUAUGUUGAAUCGUACACCCUGCAAAAUCAACAACAGCAGCACUUGUUAUACCAACAACAACAGCAACAGCUUCUUUAUCGGCGGCAACAGCAACAACAGCUUUUGCACCAACUCCAGCAGAAGCAAUUCAUUGCUGCAGAAUCAUCUAAUUUGUUUGCGUUAGCAACUGUCGACAACGCAAAUUCUGCUCUUCUGCUGCAAUCAGCUGCUGCGACGACAUCUGGUUUGGUAAGUGGUGUGUCACCGCCAAGAGUUCUUUCAUUAAUAUGUCAGAUAAUUUACAUAUUUGUGUGUUUGUUUCUUGGGUUGUUGUACCUUUAUUUGUAUCGUGUUUUGAAACGAAUACUUCGCAGUAAAUCUCAGAAUUAUAUACACGGAUAUCAGAAUCUAUCAUAUGCUAUACAUGUCACUAUAGCAACUGCUUUAUUGUUUGUUCUCCUCGCUGCUUUGCAAAUAUUUGGCGCCAUUAGCAUAUCCACCACGCGACCUCUUAUACAGCAAUUAACUGCAGAGAUUGAUUGGUUGCAAUGGGGUUAUCAGUUCUCUUUGCGGUUGAUAGAAAUUGCCAUAAUUACAUUACUUUCGUGGGUUGCCGGUUUGAAGACUAGCGGGGGCAGUAGUAGUGGAGCAGCUACUACUUUAGCAGCUAAUGGCAAUCCGCGUUAUGGCAUAGCCAGUGCAAAUGGAGGUGGUAAUGUAUUUCACAGUGAUACAGUUAAUCGGGAGAAAUUUACGCACCAUCACUUUCACCACAAUCAUUCAAAUGUGACUGGUUUCUUUUUGCCGUGUACGUCCAGCUCUAGCCAAGAGCAGUUUGACACAGACUAUCCAGCCGUGUGUAAUACAAAUACAAAUCUUCAUACGUACACAAUGCGCACUGGUAAACUUAUAUACGACGACAGUUAUGCACUGAAUUCUCUGUCACGUAAUGGACAAUCGCAACGGACGGGAUUAGGUAACAGCGUAAUUUCCACUAGUUCAGCUAGCACACGUGUUGCAGGUGAAUUUCAGUUGCAAACACACCCAACAUAUCAGCGACCAUACGAUUCAGGGUCCCUCAAUAGUGCCGUGGGGAAGCAUAAUGCUAGUGAGUACGGUACGCGGAGAGUACUGGCUAGUGGCGGCGGACGUUAUUGUCAUGAUGUACCCCAAUAUGCAGAUUACUUAAUGGAUGCUACCACCGAUCACUAUGAAAAUCCAAAUUUUGAUCUUUGUGGUUCUGGGUUUUGUAUAGCCUCGGAGAAUCCAAAUGGAUCAAAAAAAUGUACAAAAACUUCAACUACUUCGACAACGGCUAGUAGUAGUGGUGGGUCAGGUUCUUCUGCAGCAUCACAAAAGCAGAUGUUACUCCUGCAGAGUGACAAUUGUUAUUCAGAACCUUUACAACCUUCUCACACAUCCACUUGCAAUUUCAGUAAUCUUGAAAGACCACACUUGGGAGGCGGUGAAUCUGGAUACCCAUCAGAUUGUUGGUCAGAGUCUCAUGCGGGUCAGCCCCAUUCUCAGUUUGCCGAUAGUCACAAGAGUAAACGAGAAAAAAAGAUUCAUACAACUCUAGACCGCAGUGCUUACGAGAAGCCAGAGCGGCGUAGUUCGAACUCUACGCAUUCAUGUGCAUCUAGCACAGGUCGCUAUGGUGCUUACAAUUCCUUCGACCGGGGCAUCUACAACGGGGUUCGAAAAAGUGGCACAUUAAACAAUAUUGUUGUUAGUGGUAAUGGUGGCGGUCACGUGGCCGGGGCAGGCAUUAUGCAUGGUCGAAAUUCAUCCUCAUCGUCAGCUACUUCAUCGAAUGUUUCAACUCAACGUGCAUCUGCUUCACAGACGUUAGCUCAAGCGUCAGAACGGCCCCAUCAACAACAGCAAGUUGGUGUUCGCGGCAACAACAUAAGUUUAACAAGUGAGCAAGAUCGUGACCAUGACCGCGAUCGUGAACACGAGCACCUGUUUAAACGAUCAUCUCUUGAUCGAAGCAAUAGUCAGCAGCAGACCUACCCGCAGCUCAAGCAGAAAAACCCCGAUGAUGACAUGAUGUUAUCAGGUUGUAAUGUAGAGCGUACUAAUUUAAUCAGUAAUGAAGAUGGUUCUUGUAUUACGACUAGUAGCAAUACAUCAUCCAUUUGCGGAGGCCGCAGCCAACUGAAUGAUACCAAUGCCGCAAACCCUAAUACAGAAAAUUACUUGUUCGGUAACACCCAUUUAAAAAAUAACACACAUUCCACUUCCAGCUCUUAUAACACAUCUGUUAGGUCGAUGAUUGCCUCAGAAACUGCUGGCAACCGUGGCAAUGAUACUGCAAUGAUUGUCGCCGAACACGGUUUUGUACGCUUUCGUGCUAUUGACGACAUGAACAAUGCACAGGGUAUAGGUAUACAUAACGCCUCUGUUCGUAACUAAAGUCAUAUAUGAAAUUCCGUCGCUAUUAGUUUUAAGUUACUUGUUGCAUAUGUAAUAAGGCAAUCUUUUAAUGAUAAUGGUUUUGGGAAAUAAAUUUUAAGUAAUAAGGCUUAGGUAGAUGUGUAUAAUUUUUCUUCUCAUACUUAUUAUUAAGCUUUAUAUGCUCUCAAAAUAAGAUAAAAUCACGAAUUUCGUAGCAAAGAAUGAACUAAGUUACUGACGGCUUAUACAUUACUAAUUAUGAUAGCUCUAAUACCACAUUAUUUUAUUCGUUGCAUAAUGAUCGAAAGCAAAAAAAAAACUAUUUGUUAAACAACUCUGGUAUAUAGAAACAGUUGUAGGGUAUGUUCGCCGCACCCAAUAAUUACAAGAAUAUUGGGAUCAUGUUACUUUUUUGAUGGCCUAUUGCCGAUCAAAUAUUAUAUGAUUAGCUGUCGCAGUAUUGCAUUAGUUAUUUCCCGUCGAACGUGUUUUUUGUUUCAACCAAUAACUCUGUUUCAUCUGAAAUCAAUUUUAUGCCAAAACUACUAAAUGGGAAAUUUUCAACUUCAAAAUAUUAUAGUAUUUUUUAAAUAAAAAGGUGAUUCUCUGAGUUUUAUAUCAGUUUGUAAUAUAUGUAUUGUUUUUUUUUUGUAUCCGGUGCAUUUUUGGGAAAACUGGCACUUAAUGACGUUUUAAAAUAGGUUAUUAUAGGAACCGAAAAAAAAUGAAUCAAUGUGCAAGAAUUAAAUAGAAUUUUUGUACUUUUAGCAAAUAUUGUUUUAUUUAACUAAAAAGCGACAUAUUGUACAUAACAAAUCAAUGUAAGAAAUGGAAGCGACUUGUUUCUUUUCUACAUUGUUUGGGAGAAGUGUAAUUAAACAAGUGUGAGAUCUAUGUAUAUUUACUUUUGCUUUUUGUAUUAUUUAUAAAAUAUAAUUUUUUUUAAGUCGAAUUUCUUCGUGGAAGUCGGGGAUAAUGUUAAAAGGGUUAAAUAUAUACUUAUAAAUACAACCCUAUUCUUAAAAAUCCAUUUUCUAUUGGUUUCACUUCUCUUAAGUAUUUACCUAUCACUUCAAUUUAUUCAUUUUAAACAUACUUUACUCACUAGGGCUUUCUAACGAAAGGAACUACUUCUUCGAGGGCAAUUGUAAAUUAAAUUCGAAAGUGUAGUGGAGUUAAUUACCAUAAAAGUUGUAUAUUGAAAUAUUUUGCCAUUUGCUUGUACCAUACCUUGUGAAUAAAAAAAGUGUUAACUUCCGUUCAUCAAACAAUAUUAAAAAAAGGCCACCACGGUUGCCAUAUUUAAACUUGCACAAUUUAGCAUACAAAUACGUCAUAAUUUAUGAACGCAACCCUUCAAAAAUAAGCGAAAACCUAUAAAAUAUGUAAGCACUCUAAAAUCUCUAAUUACAUUCAUUCACAGUACAUUUAUAAAAACAUGAAUAAAACCAGAAAUAGGGAUGAGAUUUGAAUAUUCAUUAAAAGUGUUAUUGUUAAUCUAAAAGAAAAAAACAAAAAAAAAAAAAAAUAAUAAUAAUAAUGACGCCCCUAAAAUAAUAAUAAGACAAAUAUCACAAAUACAUAAUAUUGUGUGGAUGUGGAUGUAGUUAGACAAACUUCCAUACAUAGCUAGUGCUACUCGUAUGAUAUGAUGACGAAAUGUUGCAAUUUACCAGGCUAAAUAAAGUUUUCGGUGGUCUCCACUGUGUGUUUGUUUUUUAAGUUGAAUAAUUUCAAUGUAGAUGAAUUUAUUUAUUUCGGUUAUACAAUAUCAAUAUCUGUGCCGAUGCAUGGUAAAGGCAGUAACAAUAGUAUUAUGAAAAGGAAAAUGAACAAAGAAGAUAAAAUUGGAACUGAUUAAUUAAGGGGUUUAAAUUGCUUUGCCGCAUGUAAUAUAGAAAACUCAAAUUUACAGAGAUCUGCAUAUACGCCUUCUGGGACAUUUAUUAUUGAUUGUUUUAUUAGAGAUAUGCACAUGUGAAUAUAAGAUUUAAAAUUAAUAUAACCUUAGUGUACUGCAUGUAUAAUAUACAUACAUGUUUAUAAGUUCAGAUUUCAAUUAUCUUAAAUUGUAAAUUUAGUUAAUAGCUUAUUUUGAAUGAACAUAAGAUAAUUAGUAGCGCUACAUAUUUGCAAACAUUAUCAUUAAGUGACCAAGCUUCGAUCAGCCAAGCAAAAAAAAAUCUCAAAAAUAUUUAAAUAAUUUUAUAUAAAUAAAUACGAAAUAAAAUUCCUUAAUUAUA